AUGAGAGUUUACUCGUCCUCCACGCGCCGCAGCAACAGCGUCAGCAGCGAGGCGAGCUCCAUCGCAGCCCGCAAAGACCAUGGAAUAUCGCAGAACGACCUGGCAGUGCUGAAGCAGCAGUUCCAGUUUAUCCGCGAUGACGAGGCCGACGCCGAGCAGGGCGAGACGGACUGGCAGGUCCGCAUGAGCGCGCGCUACUACCGACAGCUCUUCCGGGAGUACGCGCUGGCAGAUCUGUCCAGGUACAAGGAGGGCAAGAUCGGGCUGCGGUGGCGCACGGAGAUGGAGGUCGUGGCGGGCAAAGGGCAGUUUUCCUGCGGGAACAAGCGCUGCGACGAGCGGGCGGGGCUGCACAGCUACGAGCUACUGUUCGCAUACGUGGAGGACGGCGAACGCAAGCGCUGCUUAGUCAAAGUGCGUACCUGCAGAGCUUGUGCCGAGAAGCUGUUUUAUAAGAAGUUGAUGGAGGUGAGGAGGAGGCGGCAGCGGAGGAGGGAGAAGAGGGACCGGAACAGAAGGCGAAUUGAACAAGGCUCGGGUGGAAAGCAAAAGGCGAAGCGAAGGAGACGCUCAGUCUCAGGCUCCGAGUCUGGUAGCGGCAGUGAGAGCGAUGCCGAUGUGGAGGAGAACGACAGUGAUGAGCCUAGAGAGGAUAUCCACGAGCUGUGUGCGAAGAUCAGCGCUAAGCAAAAAGCUGCGUAUCCUGCCGAUACACGGAAGCAAAGCUCGGGUAAGCGAGGGUUCGACGAAUUGCUACUUUGA